AUGAUUUCUUUAAGUUCUGAGCAGAAUCAAAUCAAUAAUGGCAAUAUCCAUUUGAGCAAAAAGGGCAAGCCCCAUGCUGAUCAAUCGGCCCUUUCUCUUUGUUCUCUUGGCAAUUCUGGGAAUUUUUUUCUUACCAACCCUGAAUUGUGUUCAAAAAAGGAAAUUUUUCAGUUAAUUGCUCAAUUUUUAGAUGAAUCUGGCUUUCACCAAAUAUCAGCGCAACUAAAGCGAGAAACGAAUAUCAAUCUUCCCAAAAUGCCCUCCGCUGAGCUGAAAGAAUUUUUGCUUUCAAAUGCGGCUGCAGAAAACGCGAGGCUACUGUCUUCGCUUGAUGUGGACGCCAUCGCGAUUAAGGUUAGACCACUGGCGUUGACUGAAAUCCAGAAAAUCAACCAAUUUUUAAGUGUUCAAAAGUAUUAUGACCUUUUAUUCCACAGCGAAGACCUCCAGGCACUGAAGCACUUGAGAGAUGAGGUUCUUUGUUAUGUUGUUGAAAACAUUUCAGAAUACAAGAGGCUGUUUUCACUUGUCUUUUGGGUUGGUGACACGCCUCAGCUUUCAAACCGUCUAUUUGGGGCGGGAUUUCUGCAAAAAAAAGAGCAACUUUUGGUGGAAUUGGACAAGCUGUUGCCGAAAGAAUUUCUUCCGUCUCCCAACCGAUUGGGGGCUCUUUUGGCACAGGCCAAGACAUGGAAGAAGCAUUGUGAAUUUUAUCACGACUCGGCUGUGCACUUUGGAGCCUUUUAUUUUGAUUCGCGGCUUUUAACGCUUCACGAUAAAAUCAUCUCUGCUUGGGAUAUCAACGCGAUAGGAUAUCUCCAACUCGGCCACUCCACGGGUCGAGCACAGCUGGACGGGAUUCCGGAUUUCUUCGAUUUCGCUGGAUUGUGCUGUCAACCCCAAAAUCCUAUUUGCCGUGUCGCAGGAGAAAUGCAUUCUACUGUUCGACUUGCAGAGCAAAAUGCUGCUUAG